AUGCUGAGGACUAAAGACAGUGGGUUUGCGUUUCUGUAUAGCAACUCUAAAUCUGAUAAUGAUAUUAUAGCGUUUCCUAGUUCUUUCAAUGUUCUCACAGAGUUGCAGCGCAAGCAGCCAUACGACUCAAAUGAUUACUUCGAUAUGGAGUAUACGGGUUCGAAUGGUCUGAGGCUCGGUGAACACGACAUCUUGCCGCCCAAUUUCACUACAAUUGAUAUAGCCAUCGAUAACGAGGAUGACGAGGAGGAAGGGGACCAGAACACUAUAUGUAGCAACACUUUGCGUCGCACAUGUAGUGCAUAUAACACAAAUAGUAAGGAUGGCUUGUGUAGUGGUGAUCAAAACUGUAUGGGUGGUAUGAACAUGAUGCUCAUGCAGUUUAAAAACCAGUACCUUGCAGGUCAAGGUAUUUCAAGAGCUAAUGUCCCUCAACAACAACAGAAUGACAACACAUUCGAUUACGACGAACAGCAUUACACUAGCGGGCUGCCCACGCCAACCGAAUCAGCAGGCAUCAUUAGAUCAUGCUUGACAUCACCAUUGGACUUUGCAGCUACUAUCAAAACUGAGCCUUACGUUAAUAAUACUACAUUGCUCUUGUCCCAAUCAGGUCCACCGCUCAGUCAAUCAUCAAAUAUGCCAGACUUGCUUCACAGAGAGAGGUCUCAUACACUCGCAAAUAUAACUCCAAUUAGUCUAAGCAGCAGCAGCAAAGACGAUUCCUAUUUCACAGCUACUGUAGACACUAAGCGUCACUCUAUUCCUAUGGUAAACACCAGGGGCGUUAUUAAGAAGGAGGAGCCAGACUACUCUGUCUUACAACCACAGCACGCUCACAUUGAUGACGUCUCUGGCUAUGGCGAGAUAUCCGCUGGUACAUCUAGUUAUCGUAACAUGGUCUCACAGUGGACAAGCGGUACUGAGCCCACUUUCAAUGAUGCUGUGUCAGUUGGGCCAUUAUCUUGUAGCAUGAACAAUGCCAGCAGAUGUGAUAUGGAUGUUAAUUGUCACACAAAUAGUGAUGAACUGCCCUUAAGCAACAUCAAUUUGGCAAUGGGACCUACAGUUGAUUCUACCACUGAUUACCAAUCCAUGAAGGAUAACUUGAGUGCCGGUUGCUCAAAUGAUACUAAUGGGAAGUCAUUGGUUAAACAAUUACUGGAGGACCCGUACCUUUCCGAUAUCAUACAGAAACCUCAGAAGCGUGGACUUUACAGGUGUGCACAUUGCCCUUCUACUUUCAAUAAUAUUUUUGAAUACGCUUCUCACUUAGACGAGUAUGAAGUAGAGAGAAAGCACAAAUGCCCUUUUAAGAAUUGUGCUUGGCGUAUUCUUGGACUGCCACGCCGUAGUGAUCUUAGAAGGCACUGUGCUAUUCAGCAUAAAUAUGAGUUAUAUGGCCAAUUGAAGAAAGAUCUAAACUUAACUGAGGAUGCCUACCCUGUCCUGAGAUGCCCAGUCAUGUUCUGCCAAAAAGAGUUUUAUAGGAAAGACGCCUAUAAGAGACAUAUUGCUAUUGUGCAUGAAAACACUAGUUCUCGCUUCAAUAAGAGAUUGAAGCGGAUUAUUAAAGAGUGUCCUCAUUUUGAAACUGAAGAAGAGAGGUUUAACUUUAUUAGAGAUAAGGUAAGAAAUAAGUGA